UUCUUUCUCUAGUCGAAGACGACGAAUCGAUAUUUCUCUCGCAAAUCUAGAUUGUUCCGUGUAGAGAGAGAGGAAGACGGCGAUGGGAAGUGGGCGAGAAGUCAGCGUGUCGCUAGAUGGAGUCAGAGACAAAAACAUGAUGCAGCUUAAGAAACUCAACACUGUGCUCUUCCCGGUUCGCUACAACGACAAGUACUACGCUGAUGCCAUCGCAUCCGGCGAGUUCACUAAGCUUGCUUAUUACAGUGAUAUAUGUGUUGGAGCUAUUGCUUGUCGGCUGGAGAAGAAAGAAGGCGGGGCCAUGAGAGUGUAUAUAAUGACACUUGGUGUUCUUGCUCCAUACCGCGGCAUUGGCAUUGGUUCAAAGCUACUGAAUCAUGUUCUUGAGAUGUGCUCCAAGCAGAACAUGUCGGAAAUAUACUUGCAUGUUCAGACAAACAACGAAGAUGCGAUCAAGUUCUACAAGAAAUUUGGGUUUGAGAUCACAGAUACCAUACAAGACUAUUACGUCAACAUCGAGCCUAGAGAUUGCUAUGUUGUCACCAAGUCCUUUGCUCAAUCUGAAGCCAGCAAAUGAUGACAAUACGUUACUUCGGGAAGCCAUUCUUCCCCCACCCCAGUUUGUUUGUUUCACUGAAGAUUUCAUUCUUGAAGUUCUGAUGUUUUGGUUUCGUGAGUUUUACUUGUUUUGAUGACCCCAAAGUUAUAGAUACAUGGUUGUCUAGUGACCCCUUGGUUUUGGACUUCUUGGUUGGGGAGGUGUUAUUACUA